UUCGAUCCCCCUUCUUUGUCUCCCCCAACCCCCACCCCCCCCCCCCCCCCCCCCCACUCUCUCUCUCUGUUUAUACAUUCGUUGUUUUACAAAUUGAAGCAACGAGGAGCGGUCAAAAACUUUGAAGGAUACAUCCGUUCUCAAGGAUUUUUCACAGAGAUGACAAGUUUCGUGGGUGUUUUCGUUUCGGAUCAAUGGCUUCAAAGCCAGUUCACACAGGUCGAGCUUCGCAGCCUCAAAACCAAAUUUAUCUCAGUAAAGAAUCAGCUUGGUAAAGUUACAGCUGGAGACUUGCCACCUUUAAUGGUGAAGCUAAAGACAUUUAAGGAGUUUUCUGAGGAGGAGAUUAGAGGGAUUUUGGGCGAAUCAGGUUGUGAUUUGAGCAAUGAAAUUGAUUUUGAAGCCUUCCUUAGGGCAUAUUUGAAUUUGCAAGGUCGAGCUACAGCAAAAGUGGGUGGUUCAAAAAACUCUUGGUCAUUCCUUAAGGCCACCACAACUACUCUUCUUCACACAAUCAGUGAAUCAGAGAAAGCCGCUUAUGUGGCUCACAUAAACAGCUAUCUUGGGGACGACCCAUUUCUGGGGCAAUAUCUUCCAUUAGAUCCCGCUACGAAUAGUCUAUUUGAUCUUGCAAAAGAUGGAGUUCUUCUAUGUAAGCUUAUCAAUGUUGCUGUGCCUAAUACAAUUGAUGAAAGGGCUAUCAACACCAAAAGGAUACUCAACCCAUGGGAGAGGAAUGAGAAUCAUACUCUGUGCCUCAACUCUGCAAAGGCUAUUGGCUGCACAGUAGUUAACAUUGGUACACAGGACUUGGUUGAAGGAAGACCUCAUCUGGUUCUAGGGUUAAUCUCCCAAAUUAUAAAGAUACAAUUGUUGGCAGAUCUUAACCUUAAGAAGACACCUCAGCUUGUGGAACUGGUGGAUGAUUGCAAUGAUGUUGAAGAGCUUAUGAGUUUACCUCCCGACAAGGUUUUAUUGAAAUGGAUGAAUUUUCAUAUCCAGAAAGCAGGCUAUAAGAAACUGGUUACAAAUUUUUCUUCCGACUUGAAGGAUGGAGAAGCUUAUGCCUACCUUCUAAAUGUUCUGGCUCCGGAACACUGCAGUCCAACCACUUUGGAUGCCAAGGACCCCACUGAAAGGGCAAAACUGAUACUUGAUCAUGCAGAGAGAAUGGAUUGUAAAAGAUACUUAACUCCGAAUGACAUUGUGGAGGGCUCGCCGAAUUUGAACCUUGCAUUUGUGGCACAAAUUUUUCAUCAAAGGAAUGGGCUCUCUACAGACAGCAAAAAGAUUUCCUAUGCCGAGAUGAUGACAGAUGAUGUACAGACUUCUAGAGAAGAAAGAUGCUUUCGGCUGUGGAUCAACAGUCUUGGAAUUGCUACUUAUGUCAAUAAUGUAUUUGAAGAUGUCAGAAAUGGGUGGAUACUUCUAGAAGUGCUUGACAAGGUUUCUCCUGGAUCUGUUAACUGGAGGCAGGCAUCAAAGCCUCCAAUUAAGAUGCCGUUUAGAAAAGUAGAGAACUGCAAUCAAGUUAUUAGGAUUGGGAAGCAGAUGAAAUUCUCGCUGGUGAAUUUAGCUGGAAACGAUAUUGUACAAGGAAAUAAGAAGCUCAUACUUGCUUUCCUGUGGCAGUUGAUGAGGUUUAAUAUGCUUCAACUUUUGAAGAAUUUAAGAUCUCACUCUCAAGGAAAGGAUAUUACUGAUGCUGAUAUCCUAAAUUGGGCAAACGACAAAGUGAAAAGGACAGCCAGAUCUUCUCAAGUACAGAGUUUUAAGGAUAGGAGUUUGUCAAAUGGGAUAUUCUUCCUUGAGCUUCUUAGUUCUGUGGAGCCUAGGGUUGUCAAUUGGAACCUUGUUACUAAGGGUGAAAGUGAUGAAGAAAAGAGGUUGAAUGCUACAUAUAUAAUCAGUGUUGCCCGAAAGCUUGGUUGUUCCAUUUUCUUGUUGCCUGAGGACAUCAUGGAGGUGAACCAGAAGAUGCUUCUCAUGCUUACGGCCAGCAUUAUGUACUGGAGUCUGCAAAAAGCAGUUGAAGAGGCAGAGUCCUCUCCAUCCCCUGCCGAUACAUCUUCUUGUUCAACUAUAACUGAUGCAUCCCCGUCACCAUCUAUUAACGGCGAGGAUGAAAUCUCGUCCCUUUGUGGUGAAGUUUCAAACUUAAGUUUUGAUGAUGCUGCGUCUGACUCUACCGUCUCCUCACUGGUCGAGAAUGAGGUGAAUUCUGUGGGAGAAUGAACUAUGAAUGGCUAUAAUGUUUACCUCCAUAACACCAGCUAAGGUAGAAAUGAAAAAAAAGGUGAAUACAUGCAAGCUUAAGUAGGCAGAUUUCAGCACCUGUCCGUGCUAUCAAUAGAAAAUGCGCUACAGAUGUUGAAUAUUUGCUUGUAAACAACAUCAAGAGCAAAUGAAUGGAAAAGGAGGGGGAAGAAUUUUGUAGGGAACAGAAAGACAGGAAAAGAUGUUGGUUUUCCUUUUAUUUUCUUUAUUCUCACUCCAGUCAUAUUCAAAGUCGAGUAGGUUCUCCAAUUUUAGCUGUAUUCUUUCUAGUCUAUCACACUGGUCAUGAAGUAAAUAAUUCAACACAUGGUGUUGGCUGCCGAGUCACUCACUUUGUGACGUUGUUUGUUUA